CCGGCCCCGCCUCUUCCCGUCGCCGUUUGCACGUGGGGGCGGUUUAACGGAGCGGGGCGAGGGGAGGGAGGCGGCUGCUGUCGGUGCGGGUGGCCAUGGACGAGCAGAAGGCGGAGAUAAAGGACACCGACAUGGUGGAGGAGAUGCAGCAGCAGGCCAUCCAGAGUGCUCUGUUGGCCACAGAGAAGUACACCGUUGAAAGGGAAAUCGCUGCCCUUAUAAAAAGGGAGUUUGAGAAGAAGUACAGCCCCACGUGGCACUGCGUGGUGGGGAGGAAGUUCGGCAGCUUCGUGUCCCACGAGACCAAACACUUCAUUUUCUUCGUGUGUCGCGGCCUCAACGUGCUGCUGUUCAAGGCCGGGUAGCAAACGUUGCUGGGAGCUGUGGGCUGCAGGUACCAGCACGGCGCUGAGACACGGAUAAAAAAGAAAUAGUUCUUUGUAUUUAUUUUCUUUCUAAAUUCAGCUCCUUCACUAAUUAAAGUGCUGUGUGUUUAUAGUCA